UAUACGCAGGAUCUCUCGAGUUAUGGGAGACGUUCAAGAUCCCGCUUCAGCCGAGCGCGUGGAGCCAGGCUCGGUCAAUAUCCCGUUGGGCGAAUUCCCAGCAUCCUGCAAAUCCGCCUCCGUCGAUGCCGUUGGGACCGCUCAAGGUCUCGUCGACGCUUUCAACGAUGCUCUGUCGCAGAGCGACGGAAAGUACGGUGCGAUUGCGAAGCUGUUUCUAGAGGAGAACAGCUACUGGCGAGAUCACCUAGCUUUAUCAUGGGCGCUGAGAACCGUCAAAGGACGCCAUGAUAUAGUGCAGUUCCUGGAAAACAGCGAGACGCCGCCGAAGAAGAUUCAAAUUGAUUUUUCUUCCUCGUAUAGGGCGCCGCGUCUUGCGCCUAUUGAUUCUUGGGGGGAUGUUAAGGGGAUCCAGUUCUUCAUCACUUUUGAGACGGCUGUUGGAAGGGGUGAAGGCGUGGUACGGUUAGCGGAGGAGAAUGGGAUGUGGUUCAUCUUCACUAUAUCAAUGGUGUUGAAGGAGUUGAUUGGUUAUGAAGAGCCUGUGGGCAAGAGACGCGUCUUUGGGACGCAGCACGGGGAUGUUUUGGAGCAGAGGAAUUGGGCUGAAGUCCGCGAUGCUCAACGCAAUUUUGUGGAUAGCGAACCAAAGGUUCUGGUCAUAGGAGCUGGACAAGGCGGUCUUGCGGUCGCUGCCCGCUUGAGAAUGCUGAAUGUCCCGACCCUAGUGAUCGAAAAGAACAAAGAAAUUGGGGAUAAUUGGCGAAACCGCUAUCAUCAGCUGGUCCUUCACGACCCGGUUUGGUUUGACCACUUGCCGUACAUACCCUUUCCGUCCUACUGGCCUGUUUUCACGCCCAAGGACAAGCUGGCCGAGUUCUUCCAGUCUUAUGCCCAGAUGCUGGAUCUCAACGUAUGGUCUGACUCCAAUCUUGAUUCUGUUACUUGGGAUCCGCAUAUGCAACAAUGGACAGUCCAGAUCCAAAGGGGCCAAGUGGACGGUGGUGAGACCCGCACUUUCCAUCCACGACACAUCAUCCAGGCAACGGGGCACUCUGGUGAGAUCUACUUCCCUGAAAUCAAGGGCAUCGACACUUUCCAAGGGCAGCGCCUUUGCCACAGCUCCGAAUUCACAAGCCCAAGCCCAAGCUCUUCCCAACACCCAAAGAAGGCGAUUGUGGUGGGUAGCUGCAACUCGGGACACGACAUAGCCCAUGACUUCUACGACAAGGGUUAUGACGUGACUAUGGUUCAACGCAGUACCACCUGCGUCAUUUCUUCCGAGUCGACGACAAAGUUCGGGCUGAAGGGUAUGUACGAUGAGGAGAGCCCUCCAGUGGACGAUGCCGACCUAGUCCUCCAGCAUUUGCCGUCUGCUUUGUUCAAGGCCCAGCAGGCGAAGCUCACAAAAGCUCAGAACGCGCACGAUAAAGCGUUGCUCGAUGGACUCGCUAAAGCAGGCUUCGGUCUUGAUAAGGGUCCCAACGACGCAGGGUUAUUCACCAAGUAUUUCCAACGCGGCGGCGGGUAUUACAUCGACGUUGGUGCCUCGCAGCUCAUCAUAGACGGCAAGAUCAAACUACAGAAAACAGAGAUUGAUCAGGUUCUUCCCCGUGGGGUGCGGUUUCUCGAUGGCGUUGAGUUGGAAGCCGAUGAGAUUGUCUUUGCGACUGGCUAUCAGAACAUGAAGACUCGAACGAGGACUAUUUUUGGUGAUGAUAUUGCAGAUCAGGUGGAGAGUGUGUGGGGAUUCAACGGAGAGGGUGAGAUCAGGACAAUGUGGCAGAGGAGCGGGCAUCCUGGGCUGUGGUUCACUGGUGGCAAUUUCAUGCUCACACGGUAUUUUUCGAGGAUUUUGGCUUUGCAGAUUAAGGCUUUGGAGGAAGGCAUUGCGCAAGUCUGA